GAGGGAUCUGGGAGGUGAUGCAGUGAUGAGGCUGGUGAAGUGAUGAUGCUGAGGAGGGGAUCCCGGGCUGUAUGGGGAGCUGAGAAAGGCUUCACAUGUAUGGAGACCCUGAUAUAAAGAAUGAUAGGCACCAGAACAUAUGCAAUAAGCCGCAAUAUGAAGCACCACCCCGGCCGAACCCCUGUCAUAUAGUCCAUGAAUUACAGACACCUCUAUGGACAUUUCAUCAUACGGCGGCCGAGCCCUGUUAUCACAAGGGAGUCAUGUGAUGUCUGCAGAUGGAAGUGCAGCUCCGCCCCACGUCUCCACCAUGGCCACGUCAUCCGAAGAAGUGUUACUGAUCGUCAAGAAGGUGCGCCAGAAGAAACAAGAUGGGGCUCUUUACCUGAUGGCCGAAAGGAUCGCCUGGGCUCCCGAGGGGAAGGACCGGUUCACUGUCAGCCACAUGUACGGAGAUAUCAAGUGUCAGAAAAUCAGCCCCGAUGGCAAAGCAAAGGUCCAGCUUCAGCUCGUCCUGCACACGGGAGAGUCCACCAACUUCCAUUUCUCUAAUGAAAGCACAGCGAUAAAGGAGAGGGACGCUGUGAAAGAGCUGCUGCAGCAGCUGCUGCCUAAAUUCAAGAAGAAAGCCAACAAGGAACUGGAGGAAAAGAAUAGGAUGCUGAAGGAGGACCCGGUGUUGUUCCAGCUCUACAAGGACCUUGUGGUCAGUCAGGUGAUCAGCGCCGAGGAGUUCUGGGCGAACCGUCUGAGCCUCAACUCCCUGGAGAACAGCCUGUCCAAUAACAAGCAAGAUGUGGGGAUCUCUGCCGCCUUCCUGGCCGACGUUCGUCCCAUAACUGACGGAUGCAAUGGUCUGAGAUAUAACCUCACCCUGGACAUCAUCGAGUCUAUUUUCCGCACAUAUCCAGCAGUGAAGCUGAAAUACGAUGAAAACGUUCCCCACAACAUGACGGAAAAAGACUUCUGGACGCGUUUUUUUCAGUCCCAUUAUUUCCACAGAGACCGACUUAACACUGGAUCCAAAGACUUGUUUUCGGAGUGCGCCAAACUCGACGAGAAAGGUCUAAAAUCUUUGGUCUCCCAAGGGGUAAAAAAUUCAAUGUUAGAUUUAACGUCUAUGGAAGACAAGUGUCUCGAUGAGGGAUAUGGGAUUUCAUCCGUGCCAUCAACUUCCAAUGCAAAAUCUGUAAAGGAGAACAGCAACGCGGCCAUCAUCAAACGCUUCAACCACCACAGUGCCAUGGUGCUGGCAGCGGGACUCCGAAAAGAAGAAGCACAAAACGACCAAUACAGCGAGACAGGUAGCACAGAUGGAAACUCCCGCGACUCCGACUUCUUCCAGCCCCCUUUAAAGAAGGUGAAGUUGCAGGAGGCCAUAGACUAUGAAGACUUAGAAGAAAGCAAUGGUAUCAAACCAAUAGCACUAAACCUCAAGAAAUCAGAUAGGUAUUACCAUGGUCCAACUCCGGUCCAGUCCCAACAAUACACAACCAGUCAGGAUAUUAUUAACUCCUUUGAUAGUAUUAAACAGCAGAUGGAAAACUAUGUACCAAGACUAACUCAGGUUCUUACAAACAAUGCUGCUAGUAGUACAAUUUCUGCUUUGUCCCCUGGAGGAGCGUUAAUGCUGGGAGGGACCCAGCAAGCCAUAAACCAGAUGGUGCCAAAUGAUAUCCAGUCUGAGCUGAAGCACUUGUAUGUGGCGGUGGGGGAGCUUCUGCGUCAUUUCUGGUCCUGCUUCCCUGUCAAUAGUCCCUUUUUAGAAGAAAAGCUUAUAAAGAUGAGAAGUAAUUUGGAGAGGUUCCAGGUUACUAAGCUGUGUCCAUUCCAGGAGAAGGUGAAGAAGCUGUACCUUAGCACAAACAUCACGAGUCACUUAGAAGAAAUGCUUCAGACGGCGUACAACAAGUUUCAGAUGUGGCAGUCCCGCCGGAUGUUAAAGAAGACAUGAGGUUUUCUCUCCUGGACUUCAAAAUUGAAGAAAAACAAAAAAAAAAAUACACAACUCGCUAAUGGCGACAGGCAAAAGCCCAUGUAUGAAAAAAAACAACGAACAUAUAAAAACCUAACACCCGGCAUAUGUGGGGCGCGGCGGGGUCAGAAGACUCGCACAAUCCUUGGCGCCAAACAGCAGGAGAAUUGACGCCAAAGUUCUCUAUCCAAACGGCUGAAAAACAAGGGGAGAGGACGUCACAUGAUCCUGUUCUGUGCGACUGCUCGUGAAGACGCGCUCCGGAUCCCCUCCAUAAGAUGCUGCUGUGGAAAUAUGAAAAACUUUUUUUUUUUAUUUUUUUUUAUUCUUACCCUCAAAUCGAUACAAUUCUGGCUACUUUGUAUCCCCUAUUAAACCUUUAUACGGCACAGGGUACAGGAUACGUUUUUUCGGUCUUAUAGAUAGGUUUAUGUUCACGUUUGUUACCUGUUAAUAGUUUUGAAAGAAAAGAAAAAAAAAAGUGAAAAAAAUAGUACAUUUUUAUUUUUUUUUUAUUUUUUUUUUUAUACUUAAAUUUUUUUUUUCUUUUCAGGAACUGAUUUCACAGCCCAAAGACAAGAGGAUUAUUUGCACUGCCGGAUUGGCGUCUCGUCUUAUUAUUGCCCGCAAUUACGCCAGUUCUGUAUGCAAAUUACUGUAUAUAUUUACCGUUCUUAUCAUGGGAGAGAAAAAAAAAAUCAAUAAAAAUCCGUUCCCGAUUUUUUAUUUUUUUUUCUCUCGCACUAUUCCUGGGAGAUUCGGGAGGCCGCGCCCUCUCCUCAUGACUGUUACGGUACAGUCGGCGACUUGAUAAUCAUUGGCCACUAGGGGGAACGUGACCGAAGUCGGCAGAAGCCGAGCCUGUGCCAUAGACGUUCAUUUCACUACUUUCGGAAUUCGCUCAUCCUCGGGACGACGCGUCGGGUUAUGGGAGAAGUUUUUUUUUUUUAUUUUAUUUUUUUUUAAAUACUAAGCAGUUUCUA